AUGGCAGGGCACGGCGCCAGCCUGCUCCUGCUCCUGGGUCUCAUGCCAGCUCUCCUCCUGGCCGUCAGGAUCAACAGCAAGGGCCGGGAGGUUCUGUACCUGGCCAAGGGCGACUCGGUGAAGCUGGGCUGCCCCUAUGUGCUGGAGCCCGAAGACAACGGUCCCCAGGGCGUGGGCAUCGAGUGGAUCCAGAUCACGCCCGAGCGGACCGGCCCGGAGAACGUGUUCCUGUCCUACUACGACCACCACGUCAACUACGGCAGCGGCUCCGGGCUGCAGGACCGAGUCGCCUUCGUGCAGAACGACCCCAGCCAGUACGAUGCCUCCAUCCGCCUGGCCGACCUGCAGGUGUCCGACACCGGCACCUACCAGUGCCGCGUCAAGAAGAACACUGUGGCCGUGCACGAAGUCAUCGUCACGGUGGAGGAGAAACCGGCGACCCCCCAGUGCUGGGUGGAGGGGGAAGUCGUGAGGGGAACCAACAUCGUCCUGAGGUGCUUCAGCCGCGGGGGGGCCGCGCCCCUCGCCUACCAGUGGGGCAAGCUGGCCAGCGGCUACGGCGGAGGGCAGCUGCCCUCUGGCACUGUCCAAGGCCGUGCUCCGGGUGACCUGGUGAUCCGCAGCCUGUCGGAGGCGCACACUGGCAUCUACCAGUGCCGUGUCACCAACCGCGUGGGGUACUCCACGUGCCAGGUCAGCCUCAACCCCACUCCAAGAGGAGGAAACCAAGCGAGCAUCCUGGCUGGCUCCAUCCUGGGCUCCCUGCUGCUGCUCACCCUGCUCGGAGCCCUGAUCGCGGCGGUGAUCUGCCGCUUCCGCAAGAAGGAGUGCCAGCCGUCCUGCAGCGAAUGCAGAAGCAGCCCCGGCGGUACCAUGACCAGAGCCUGUAACGUCUGCAGCCACCACUACUCCCCGCAUGGCAUCAGCUACAUGCAGUGCCAGCACGGCGACAGCGACGAGAGGGCAGCCGCCCUCAUCUGCAACGAGGGCAUGCGGCACCAGGUCGCCUGCCAGGGGAUGUAA